CUCCAUACUAUGAAGAAAGAACCAGGAAAUGGAGAGCAAUGUUUGUAGACUUUCCUGAAGAAGAUGAGAUAUCCCAAGGCGCACUCAAGGCUUAUAAUGAGAAGCAUCCCAAGAAGGAAGUCUAUCAAUUGGAAAUUCCAUACGUUCUGCACAAACAGAAGCGGCAAGUGCAAUGUGAGGUUUAUGAAACACAUUGUAUCAUUGAUCAAGAAGAAGUUACAUGGGAAGAAGUCCGUAAGAUGCAAGCAAAACUCACCAAAAGACCAACUCAUCACUCUCAACCUUACCAUUAUAAAGGACCAGGAACCCAAUGUUGGCAUUUGAUCCACCAAGAAAAGCCAACAGAUUACUGUGAUGAAUGUGUUUGGAUGGUUCAGACUUGCAGAGUCCUAGCAGCCUUGCCUGAAGAAAAGCUAACUCAAUUAGAAACAGAAGCCAAGAUCCGAGCUAGAGUCCGACUCUCACCAUUGGAAAAUAUUACAGCACCCUUCCCAACCAACUGGCAGCAAUUGGGAGCCAUUUCCUUUCAACUAUGGACUCCAGGCGCCAGACCUCCCACUUUGUCGCAUGGAGGAUAUGUGUUGUAUUCCAAUAAGGACGCCCAAGUCCAAGGAUCAAGAACUCUAACAACAGGUGUUGGACUCAAGUUACCUCCCAACACAACGGCACUAUUAAUCGCCUUAGAAGAACCGACCAAUUAC